CACAUUUCAAUCAGUCAGUUCACGUUCACCGUCCGAAGCGGUUCUCGUUUGGUGGAGCUCUUGCUUACACGCGACUCGGUUGUGGUUCUCCCCUGUGCGCUCCAAGCAACGAAGACGUUGUGCUCCACGGAGCAACGGUUUUACACAUUCGCUUUGUUAACUUUGCAAUGCUGAUUGUUGUACGAUACGACGGCUAAGGAAGGCUUGUUUCUCCUCUCACUGUAAUACUGGUGGUGUGUUGGUCGAGUUGAGUGCAGUUUCUUGUGCGAUCGCGAUUUGACGGGCUUCUUCGUGGGCUAAGGUUACUGAGUCAGUGCUCAAGUGGCCUAUCACAGCUCAGCUCUGCUCCCGAUAACGGUGCUUUCAAGUGUGUGUGCGCCAGAAACGCUUGAUUUGCACCGUUUAAGUACCGUGCGACGUCUAUUGUUUCGGGAAACGAUAGUAAUUCUGUCUGCAGAUCAGAGAUCCGUUGAUUGCUGAAUUUAGAUGGAUUUUGCAUAAUAAAUUAAAUCAACCGCAGCGUCGUUGUGUUUGUGUUAAAUGUUAAUAUUUUGAAACGGUCUCACCAUUGUGGUAGUCAGCUCAGCAGCCAGCAGCGGUGAAAAAUAAGCCGACUUGAAUUAAGCUACCUUCAGUUGCGUGCACACCAACACAGUACGGUCGAGAAAAUUUGAUUGAAGAAUAGGUCCCAGUGCGCUGGCUGAGUCAGAAGUGUGCACAACUGUGAAGCACACGUGUGUGUAGGUAUAGGUCGGUUCAAAAAGAUCACUUGAGAAAAGUGCACAUCUCAACCUCAAUGAAUUAAGUUCCGACUGAGAGAUGUGUGUCAGCUAUAGUAUACACACGAAAUAAAUUAAAUCAUUGAUUAAAAGCUACGUGCUACGUACGACGAGCAUCGAGUGUUUGUGUGGCGUUUUAUUCAUCGCAAAAUGUGUAAAUUUCGGUGAUCUACUUUUUGAUCUUCGUGCCCGUUUGGUGUAUGAAAAUAAAAGAGUUGAACGCAGAUCUCGCGAAGAGUGAAUCACUCGCUGUUGUGGCUCAAUUGAAAAGUGCAAGAAGAAAAAGAAGCAGACGAAGACGACAAAGCAAAGAUCAUUGAGCGUAAAUAUUUUCACUACAAGGCUUGUUACAUGCUAUGUCGAGCUUGGCACAUGUAGUGUGUGCAAUAAUAGUGUAGCAGCACAUCAGUGAUUACCGAAAUUGAAACGAAAUCGGUGGCGCCAAAGAAGCUGUUCGUUGCUUGAUCGUGUGAAUUGUAGAGCGUGAAUUCGAACGCCCUGAACGGAUAAGGGCGACGAGAAUUUUUGGCAUUGCACGCUGAUGGAAUAACAAUUAUGACAUGGGAUCCUGUUCGAGACGACAUUUCUUGUUGUCAAUAUGCGUUCUGCAAUUGUUAUUCAUCAUCGAGCGGCAGGUGUUUGACUUCCUCGGAUACAUGUGGGCACCGAUACUGGUGAACUUCUUUCAUAUAAUAUUUGUGAUAUUUGGAUUUUUUGGUGCCUAUCAAUAUCGUCCAAAGUAUUUAGUAACGUACUCGCUAUGGAAUCUUUUAUGGAUAGGAUGGAACGUAUUUCUAAUAUGUUUCUAUUUAAAUGUAGGAGUCUUAGAUAGGGAUAGUGAUUUAUUAAAUUUAGGAACCGGCAGCGUGUCAUGGUUCGAAGUGAACGGCUACGGUUGCAAGCCGACCUACCCGAUGAACAUCACUUCGGAGGACCCGUACCGGCCGGUGAGGCCCGAGCGGGUCGAUGGCUGCCUACUAGACUACCACAUAGUAGAAAUUACACACUCCGGAGUGCAAUGUGCGCUGGCGCUACUGGGUCUCUUCGGAGCCAUCUGUUUGGGGCAUACGUAUCUGGACGAGGACGAUAGCUUCGACUUUAUGGGUGGCGAUGCAAAAAGUCCCCAGCACACGGCGGUGCAUCCGAUGUACGUGAGCUAUACUAGUUUACCAACCACGAAUAGCGCCAACUCGACACAGCAGAAACAGGCUAACGCUGCGAAAGCCGUGGCGCCCUUGGUUGCCAUCGCCCACAAUAAUCAUAACAACAGCAAUAGCUCCCAAUGCCUCAGUAACACUAGCGCUAAGCUCGGUGUUGUGCUCAAGUCGUUUAACGGUCACGGUAACAACUCAUCCUCAAACACUAACACCCUACUGUCGUCUUCAUCUUCACCGUCAUCGACGUUCACCAAUUGCAAUGGGAAUGGGAAUGGAAGACCUCCAUCAGCACUCGGCGGCGGUGGGCAGACCCAUGAACAACACGUGCCACUUCAUCAACAGCCACUUGCACACCCGAUCAGUCGAAACUCUAGUUUUAGCAAAGCCCGCAAUGGUCAGCUGCGGAAAAACAGUAGUAGUGUUAGCAUUCGGUUCACUGAUGUUACUCAACAACAGCCAGAUGACCAUGUGAUUCCAAACGAGGACGACACUUUCUUCAUUCCGAAGAGCUCCUCGUGUCGGAACAACUUUGGAAUCAGCAAUCCCUUCAACAACGUCUCCAGUCGAUACUAUCGCGACGGCGAUUGUGAUUCGCGAACUGAAGACGAUGACGACAGCAGCCAUCUGAUUACCGGUUCCACACAGCAACUGGCUCUUUCAACGCCACUAAAACGGCAUCCCUCGGUUUCAUCGACCAACAAUAGCAUCGGUGGGGCCACCAAUAGCAGCAGCACAACAACGCCAAUGAACGAGAACAACGGCGGCAUGGCGAUAGCUUUUGACCGAAAUUUUCCCCACGGGACUCGACCUGAUUUGAGCAGUAGUGCUUACCAACAUCGGAUAGCAAUUAAACCCCAGCAGCAAGUACAAUACCCAACACCACCACCAGUGCCACCACUGCCCCAGAUGAACUUCCAUCAACAGCAGCAUUUCGAGGGCAGUAGCAGUGAAAGCUAUCGAAUGCCGUCGUCAUACCAGUAUGUAACGCGGUCUCCCAACCUGAACCGGAUAGCGCGGCGGAACAACGCUAACCUAAUCAAUAACAAUGGCCCGCGCGUCAUGAGCCCCAAGCACUGCGAUCAAAUCCGCGAUUUCGCGGGCGCGGGCGGUCCACCGGGCUACCCAGGGCACGAAAAUAACAAUUAUCCUCUGCCUCCGCCCCCGCCUCCAUCGGUUUCGGCUGUUGGUGGCGGUUAUCCUGUGAUGGCGAUGCAUCGGGCCAAAUCCCAGGACCGGUUAUCGCACCGCUCCCGACGGCACCACCACCAUCACCACGGAGGAGGCGCCCGGGGACAGUACCAGCAGCAGCGGCCGCGCUCGUUCUGUAGCAAUAACGGAGCCUAUCCGGACUAUGUGAUUAUGGAACAUCCCGGCAAUUAGGGAUAGUUCCACCCCAAAGCCUGACGACGUUUUUUUUUUUCGUUUUCUUUUUUACGUUUAAGACUAAACGCAUUGCCUCUCCCUCUCAAUAGUCGGUCUGUGUUCUGACUGGAAUCUAGAUGAUACGAUGAAAUAGUGACAGGCGCCGGUGCGUCUACGACGACGAGUGAACGGCUCUCCCACAGAGUUGAAAUGGGUGGGGUGAUUGGACAUAAAAGAUUAAUCGUAAAAUUUGUUACGCGGUUUUGGAGGCUCAGCUAGGUCUAGACUAUACAAUAGGCGAGCGUAAAACCAAUUUGAUUUUUUUUUUUAUUUCAUACGAAAAGUUUGAAAUUCAAGACGGGUUUUACAAUAUGAAAACUUAAGAAAAACAUCUAUAAGAAAAUAAAUUUAAAUAAAUUAUAACAAUAGAACUAAUGUUCAGAUUUUUUUUUUCAAAUACUUACAAGAUUGGAACUUUGAUUUGUUUAUACACAGUUCAUCCCAUGGAAAUUAAAAAGACCUGGAUUUUUUUUUGUGUUUAUUAUAGAGGCUUUAAAUUUCAAAUUCAUUCGUCUCUUAAAGACCUGGAUGACGUGCGGCUAUUUGGGCAACAAUUCUUAUGUGAGCACUUUUUCGUUGUAAAUCACGCUCCUUUAGUGGUAGUAGAUACCUAGUAGCAAUAGUGGUAUAGUGGCAAACAUGGUGGCAAAUUUAGACUAUUUGAACCAAAAUGUUAUC